AUGGAGGGCGAUGUGCGUGUUCGUGCAGUGGUGAUGACACGUGACGACUCCAGUGGCGGUUGGGUUCCCCUUGGAGGUGGCGGCCUCAGUCAUGUGGUCAUCUGUAAGGGGCGGACCCGCGACGACCGGGGGCGGCGAGAACACAUCAUCCGUGGCGAGCGUCUGCGAGACCGAGCACCGGUGUUGGAGUGUGCCGUGCAGAGGGGGCUGGUGUACAACAAGGUGAACCCCAUCUUCCAUCACUGGCGUGUGGAGGAGAGAAAGUUCGGCCUCACGUUCCAGAGUCCGGCCGACGCCAUCUCCUUCGAGAAGGGUCUGCAGGCCGUCAUCGACAAGCUGGACCGAGGCUCGGACUCGCCCUCCUCCUCCACGCCAGAAGAGGGCGACACCGAGGACGACGGCCAAGCUUCCCAUACAGGAAGUGAGUCGUCCUCCAACAGCAGAAAGGAGAUGCUUCCCAAGCCCGUUACCAUAGUGACCAGCGAGUCGUCGUCCAGCUGCUUCGUGAUGUCGGAGGAGUUCAGCUUCGCGUCCGGCCACGCCGGCACCACGCACACCCCCGCCCAGAUCCACUCCAGGCCGGGACAGCUCUCACAAAUGACGUCUGUGUUGAAUCCCCCUUCCCCCCCACCUCCACCUCCUGCUCCACCGAGUCCUCCUCUGGGUCCCGCCUCCUCCUCCCCCCUGUCCCCCCUCUCACCCACCAUCUCCCUGCUGGAGGAGGGGGACCUCCGCAGUGUGGACCCGUGCAAAGACCUGUGGGGUUCCAGAGGUUAUGGGGACUACCGCCGGGCCGGGGCCACCAGGACUAUGGUGGGGGGGCUGACCGGGGGGGUGGUGGUCAGCGCUGGAGGGAGCCUGCAGGACAAGUCGGAGCUGUGCGUGGUUCGCUUUGAGAAGGACCUCGCCGGCGUGGGCACGGCGGCGUGCGAGGUGAGCGUGUGCCUGGACAGCAAAGCGUCUCAGCGUCUGUCCUCGUCCUCCCCGACCUGUCUGUCCACGCCCAACGCCGUGUCCGGCGUGUCCUCAGGCGCCGGCUCGCCCCAGGAGACCUGCAAAGGCUCGCCCUCGCCGUGCUGCAUCCACGCCUCCCUGGCCACGCCCCGGUCGCGGACUCGUAAGCGAGGAGGAGGGGCCAGCGGCGGCGACCAGGGCGCCAUCUCCCCCGACGACGACAGCCCCUGUCCUCAGGGGGGGUCCUGCUCCUCCCGGUGUGUGUACUGCCGCUCGGUGUUCGUGGCGUCAGACAACGGGCGCGGCCGCUGCCGGGACGCGCCCGACCCGGCCGUGCACUGCCUGCGCCAGUGGACCUGCGUGUGGUGCGCAGAGAGUCUGCUCUACCACUGCAUGUCGGACUCGGAGGGGGAGUUCUGGGAUCCUUGCUCGUGUGAGGAGUCGAUGGGGGGGCACCCGCACCCCCUCUGCUGCGCCCGCUGGCUCGCCCUCCUGGCGCUGUCGCUCUGCGUGCCCUGCAUGUGCUGCUACCUGCCGCUGCGCGCCUGCCUGCGCUGCGGCGAGCGCUGCGGCUGCUGCGGCGGGAAGCACAAGGCGGUCCGAUGA